UCUCAACUUGUUGACCAACCAAAAGAAUUACCAAUUGCGUAUAGUGAUGGAGGACUUCCUUGGAUACACACCUUAUGCUGUUUACGACACUUUUUCUGUUGGUUCAGAAAAUGAAAGAUAUAAACUUACUAUCGGCGGGUACUCUGGAAGUGCAGGUGAUUCUAUGAUCGACCAUAACGGUAUGAACUUUGCUACAUUUGACAAUGACACUUAUCUCUCCCCAAUGUGUGGUGGUUGUCCUGUUGGUUUUUCUGCAGGGUACUGGUAUCGUUGCUGUUUCGAUAGUCAUCUGACUGGUCAAAUCGUAGAGGGAGGUGAAGGCAUGUCAUGGUUAACAUGGACUGGAUAUCAAUCAUUGAAGACAGCCUUGAUGAUGAUACGACCAUGGAAUUGAUCAAGUUUUUCUUUUAACAAUACAACUGAUGAUACUUAAAAAUCAAUAUCAUUGCAUUUCUUUAAAUUGCAAGGCAAGAUUUAUGGAA